GAGAAAAGUUGUUGUGUUUGGAAAUUAUAAACAAUUUUCGUGCAAAAUGUUUAUAGAAAUUCUAAUAAUUUUAAUAACUCUCAUACUAUUGUGGGAUUAUUUGUCGAAAAAAAGACGCAAUGAUAUGUUGAGUUAUAUGCCGGGUCCCAAAACUCUACCCAUAGUGGGUAAUGUUUUGAUGUACAGAGGUCAAAGUCCUGAAGAAAUCAUGGAAUUCAUUACGAAUAACAAGCGAAAAUAUGGCAAACUUUAUCGUGUUUGGAUUUUGCAACAAUUGGCCGUCUUCUCCUCCGAUCCCGAGGAUGUAGAAGUAAUCCUAAGUUCUCCUCAACACAUAACCAAAAAUAAUCUGUACGAGCUGUUACAUCAAUGGUUGGGCACCGGACUGCUAAUGAGUACUGGCAAGAAAUGGCAUUCGAGGCGCAAGAUAAUAACGCCCACCUUUCACUUUAAGAUUUUAGAAGAAUUUGUGGAAAUUUUCGAUCAACAAAGUGCGGUUAUGGUGAAGAAACUGUAUGAAAAGGCAGAUGGUAAAACGGCGAUAAAUAUAUUUCCGGUGAUAUGUCUAACGGCUUUGGAUAUUAUAGCGGAAACUGCCAUGGGUGUAAAGAUCAAUGCCCAAAAUAAUCCCGAUUUUCCUUAUGUCCAGGCGGUGACUGCUGUUACCAACAUUAGCUCUAAACGUUUUAUUAAUGUUUGGCAUCGUAUUAAUUGGAUAUUCCGUUUAACCGCUGCUCAGGAUUACAAACGUUUGAAUGCUAGCAUUAAGCUAACGCAUGAUUUCACCGAAAAUAUCAUUAUGGAAAGACGCCAGACCUUGGAAAAAUCUCUCAAUGAAAACUUUCGCAUACCUGAAGAAAACGAAUUUGGCCAAAAGAAACGCAUGGCUUUGCUAGAUGUUUUACUGCAAGCCAACGUGGAUGGAGCGCCCUUAAGCAAUGAGGACAUACGUGAAGAAGUGGAUACUUUUAUGUUUGAAGGCCAUGACACCACCACCAGUGGCAUUUCCUUUGCUUUGUAUUUAAUUUCCCGACAUCCCGAAGUACAACAGAAAAUUUUCGAGGAAAUUGUUGAGGUUUUGGGCAACGAUAAAGAACGUUCUGUUACAUUGCGUGACCUGGGAGAAAUGAAAUAUUUGGAAUGUGUGAUCAAGGAAUCUUUGCGUUUGUAUCCUCCAGUACCCAUAAUAGGUCGCUAUUUUACAGAAGAUGUGGAUAUUCGGGGUAAAAAAAUACCAGCUGGCACUAAUUACACCGUGGGAAUUUAUGUUAGUUUACGUGAUCCCAUGUAUUUUGCCGAUCCUGAUGCUUUCAAGCCCGAACGUUUCCUGGACGACAGCACUAACAAGAUUAAUCCCUAUGCUUAUAUACCGUUCUCGGCCGGACCGCGUAAUUGUAUUGGUCAGAAAUUUGCCAUUUUGGAAAUGAAGAGCACAAUUAGCAAAAUGUUGAGGCAUUUCGAAUUGCUGCCCUUGGGACCGGAGGUGAGGCCCAUGAUGAAUUUAAUUUUACGCUCGGCUAAUGGCAAUCAUAUGGGUUUGAGACCGAGGAAAUAUUAAAGAAAAUGAAGCUUAAAUUUUGAAUUUAAAUAUGUAUUAACAAGAAUUUAAUUAAAUGUGUUGGUAUUAUAAAGAUUUAAUAUUAUAAUUUAGACGAUGUUUAAUAAAAGCUAAUAUAAAUUAAUACAAUUUGUAAUUAAA